CCGUCUAGGUUUCAAGCCCCAACCAAAAUUUCUCUACUUUCUCUCUCGACACUUUCUCUACUUUCUCUCUCGACACUUUCUCUAAUCUUCUCUUUCUUUUGUCUCCUUCUACUGUAACUGAAAACUUUUACAGUGAGCUUUAAGCCAAUGGACCAAAGCAAGAGUACCGAAUCUUUGAAGUUUCUAUGUAGCUAUGGCGGAAAGAUUCUUCCUCGCCACACCGACGGCAAACUCCGAUACGUUGGCGGUCUCACUCGUGUUCUUUCCGUCGAUCGUUCUAUUUCCUUUGCAGAGCUGAUGGUGAAGCUAGUAGAAUUCUGCGGAUUUUCCGUGGUUUUGAGGUGUCAAUUGCCGUGCGGAGACUUGGAGACUUUGAUUACGAUAAAGUCCGAUGAGGAUUUGGCCAAUCUCAUCGAAGAAUACGAUCGGAUUUCUCCUUCUUCUAAGAUCAGAGCCGUUCUUUCACCGCCGCAGUCUCUCAAAAAAGUCUCUCCUCCUCCCUCCGCCGCUCCGAGCGUCGAUUACGAAUCUCCGAAAUCGGUGUUCGCGGCCGUGCAUUCACCUCCUUAUCGCUACGCCUCGAAAGCUUGUUCGCCUGGUGUCGGAAUUCCCGUAGGUAUUCAGAAAAGCUCCGAGAGAGUUUGCUAUUAUCCUUGCCAUGUUCAAGGAAACCCUAACAGGAAUUUUCCGUAUAACCACCAUCACCACCAUCACCAUCACCAUCGUUAUCCUGUCGCUGCUGGCUACAAUUACUGGCAGUGAGAUUUGGAAUCCUAAAGUAGAUUUGCAAAAAGAAAAAAGAUGAUGACGAAAAAUUAAUUAGUGAUUAAAAGGAAAAAAAAAAAAAAAAACACAUAGAAAUACAGAUAUGAUUGCAGAGUGAGCUCUUGUUAAUGGAUUUGUGGAUUAUAAAUGAUUUUUUUUUUUGUUUUUUACAA